UAACGCUAUUUCUUCUUCUUACCCGUCCCCAGCCCCUCCAUGAGUAGUGAUAAGUCCGCGUCGCCGUUUUGCUUCUUCUUCUUUUUGGCCGUGGCCUGGGGCGGCGCCUUCUUGUCCUUCAACUUUUGGUCCUGGGCGCGCUUCUCGGCCUGCGCUCGUAAACCCUCCUCGAGGCCGUCCGGCAGGGGCGCCGUCGGGUGCUUCGACACGAAGUGGUCCUUCAAAUUCUGGAGCGUCGGCAUGCGCGUCUUGCAGAUGGAGCAGUCCAGACUUAGAGCUUUCUCGCCGCAGCCGAGCUGCGUGCCGGACUUCUUCAUGGCGGCUUGUUUUUUGGCGUUGCGCUCCUGGGACGCGGCCUUGGCGGCGCCGCGGACCAUCUUUACUACUGUGGAGGAUCUCUAUGUGUGCCGAGUGAUGUGAUGCGCCCAGAACGUGUCGCGGCGAUGGCGUCUGGCGUGCUGCAGUUCGAGGCUGGGCUGCAGUGCGGUCUUGUAUCGUGCUCCGACGGCCUACUGAUGCAGAUUGCGGCUCGUUAUCGAUGUCACAGCGUCCGAGGCCAACGAAAUGACAAACUGUCGGACUUUUGACGCUCGUUCGCUCGUGGUGCGUAGCGCAAAGAGUUAUGCUAU